AUGGCUGCCGAUUCCACCUCGACAGCCCCCUCGGGCAAUGGAAUCUCGGUCGCGGAGCAGCUGGAGCAGCUCGGCGCGGCCCGCAAGCUGGUGCUCGAGAACGCGACCUACUACGACCGCAUCGUCAAGGGCGUGCUGCCCAUCAUCGGCCCGACGGCGCCCGUCGAGCUGCGGCGAUGGGGCGCCGAGUUCCUGGCCGAGUCCCUCGCCACCCCCGUGCUGUCCAUGCGCGACAAGGAGAACAUCACCGUCGCCGUGCUCGACACCAUCAAGGGCCUGCUCGACGCCCCUGGCGAGGACGUCAUCGUGCUCAAGGCGAGCAUCGCGGCGGCUGCGAGCGCGUAUCCCGUUGCCGUGAGGUGGAUUAUCAACAACUCCUACCACACCGAAAGCUGGGAACAAAUGUCGGCCGUCAAGUCGAGGAUAUUACGUAUCUGGGAUGGGGCGCCGGUACCGGUUAAGCUGAGCUGCAUCAAAUUUGCCCAGCGGGUUGUGCUUGCGCAAACGGCGUCGAAUGGGACAGAGCAAAAGUACAACGGACUCGACAUCUCUCUCAACAUGAUACCGCCGAACCAUCCCCUCCUAGAUCCCCGGCAGUUGGAGGCUGAAGCGACUGGACUUCUGGAUAGAAUGCUGGGCGUGUUGCAGGACAACAGCAGUGAUGCUCUACUUGUUGAUGCCACCAUCAACUGUCUUUCCAUCCUCACUCGGUCCAGGCCAAAUACAUCAAAUCGCAUCCUCAACACAGUUCUCAACUACAAUCCGCUAAAGCUAGCCAACUCCCCGAUGACAUCGAAGACCAGGGUGCUUGUUAGGUCUUUAGAAAAAACUACCCGCAUGUUCCUGACUCAUCUCCUUAGGCGUGACCCCAAUAAUCCCAUGUCGGGGCGGAUUCAGCAAUAUGUCGAGAGGCUGAUGCGGUCACGGGCCGAAAUAUUCGAUGAGGCUGGUCGUAAAAGAGCCCUUGCCGAUCAAGCCGUGGCGGGUUAUGGUGACGCCAAAAGACAAAAGGUGGAAGCCGGCGCUCCUCAGUUUUCAGUUCCUCCUCUAGGACCGGGGCCGCAUACGCUUGCCGGCGUAUUCACACUCACAAACAACGCCGGGUUGCAAGCGUUCGAUGCCACGCAGUUACCGGCGAAUCUUGCCGCCAAGAUCGGUGUCAGGACAUUAGCCGCCCUCGAUCAGAAUGUCUUGGACCUGGCUCUCAACGGUAUCCGGGAUCGCCUCACUUCUCUCCACGCUGCAGGGGCUGCCGCGGCAGCAGCGGCUCAGCCUGGCGUGCUGAACGCUGCCACGGCUCCGUGGGUCGUCGAAGAAGACGACGACGACGACUACGAGCCAGACCUCACCCCAGCCGAGGACACGGAACAGAUCCUCAACAAACUCGACAAUGCCCCACCAGAAGAGCUCAUGGGGCAUACCGCGGACGCCGGCGCCGAAAUGGCCCUCGGCCCAUUCAGCCUACCACCUCCACCUGCCCUCGAUCCCGACGCCGCCGCCAAGCUCAGCCAAGCAGCUGCGUCCCGCGUCUUCGGACCGUUAUCAACCCUCAAAGACCCCGGCGCGGCGGUGCGGAAACCCAAGGCGGGCAUCAACCGCCUGGCCGCAAGCUCGUACGACCGCGAUUCUUGGUUAACAGUAAUCACCCGCCUCGCGACCCGCAGCACGGCCGGCCUCGAUGGGGCACCCAGCAGCGGCAUCAAGUCCGAAGAAGGCGCGCUCGACCGGCCCCGCGCGUCGCUUGGCGACAGCAUUCGCGAGCUGCUCUUUACCUACAUCCUUGAGGACUGGCGGCGGCGCAUAGAGAUCGCCGUCGCCUGGCUCUGCGAGGAGUGGUACAACGACCAGCUGACGAAACGGAACGGCACUGGCGGGGAGCUCAACUACGAGAAGUGCGCGCUGCGGCUGGUAGAUGGGUGCUUGAGCUACAUUACCGCUCAAGAUAAGGUGCUAACACGGUUCCUGGCCGAGAUCCCCGAGCUAAGCGCGCCGCUGCUGGGAAAGCUCAAGGCGCUCUGCGCCGACCCGACGACGGUACAGCUCGCGCUGACGAGCCUGCUGUAUCUCGUGAUGAUGAGGCCGCCGGUGAGGGAGAUUGCGCUGGAUACCGUGGCGGAGAUUUGGACCGAGUAUGAGGACGCGCGCCCCCUGGCGGCCAAGUAUCUCGUCAAGUGGCGACCGGGGUUCAUUGAAUCGCAAACCCGGGGCGCUGGAAGCGAUGCGGCGGCUGCGAACAACAUGGCGAUUGCGACAUGA